AUUAAAUUAAAAAAAAAGUAAUGCAAUCAAAAAUGCACCCAGCAUAAAUAUAUCGACUAUUAGUCCGAUACAUUGUUCGGUUGUGUUGCACUCAUCAUUCCUAGCACAAAGCCCUUACUGCAGUAAGCAUUUGGGUUUUCUGUUCAAAGAAACAAAAUUGAAUUAAGCGUAAACAUUAGGAUGUCUAACAGUAAUACAGACACAGGUGACACAACCGUACUGACCACAACCAGUGCCACAGUACAGGAUUUCAAUCCAAAUGCUGUCGAUGGCGAGCCACUGGAACCCCGUGAGUCGCUGAUAACCACAGCUGUUAGCUUUUUACAAAACACGAAAGUGCGCCACACCACACUCGUCCAAAAACAGCAGUUUCUGCGGUCCAAAGGUCUAACUGCGCACGAGAUACAAUUGGCUUGCGAGCGAGCCGGUGUCUUCACCCAAGAUCCAAACAAUCCGAAUACGGUUAUAAAUAUUGGCUCUCAAUUGGCGGUGCAGCCACAACAAACAGCUUUUGGCAGACUACGAGAACUGCUGCACACGACUGCGUUAUUUAGCGGGGUCGUUUAUGCCAUAUACCUGUUCUGGCGCAAAUUUAUUGCGCCGUUUUUGUUUGGCAAGCCCAAGAAGAAGCCCGUUGAGGAUGUGUUAGCAGAUAUUGACAAGAAGGUGGUUGCACGCACCGAUGCACUUAAUAAUGAGAUCACAUUGGUUAAAGACAUGAUUACGCUGCAACAGAAGGAGCAGGCCCAACAGAUGACUCGCGAAUUUAAUCAUUUUCGCUGUGACUUGGAUGCUAUUAAGGGCCUAUUGUUGAAUCGUAAACAAUUUGCGGGACCCGUACAGCCCAUUGCGGUGCCUUCGAUACCUGCCUGGCAGUUAGCUAGCUCGCCUCAUCAUCAUCGCCAUAGCAACAAUAGCCAAUCGGAUGACAACGAUAAGCCCGAUGAUGCUGGCUCCGGUUCAGGCUCGUCCGAAACGGAAGUGGUAACCAAAAACAGUGAUUCUAGCUUAGAGAUCAUGUAAUACUAUGGAAAGGCUUUUACUAUGUAGCUUAAAUAAUCUGGCUAUAUAUAUAGAAAUAUAUUUUGUAUAUGAAAUA